UCGUCGCUCUCCCCCGCCUCACGCGCGGCGCGUGGGGCUAGGCCGCCCGCCCGGAGUUUUGUUUCCUCUUUCCAGAUGGAAAUGUCAGAAGAUGAUAUUAACACGGAAGAAUACCCCACUGAAAUUCAUGAUUAUCUUGCAGCGUUUGAAAAAUCUCUUGGUUCUGUAGAUGAGAUGCUGAAGACAAUGAUGUCAGUUUCCAGGAGCGAGCUUCUCCAAAAGUUAGAGCCUCUUGAGCAAGCAAAGCUGGAUUUGGUUUCGGUAUACACGUUAAAUUCAAUGUUCUGGGUAUACUUGGCUACUCAGGGAAUCAAUCCAAAGGAACAUCCAGUGAAACAAGAACUGGAACUUCUGGUACAGCUGGAAAUUCAUCAGGCUGCCUUAAAUAGGUUCACUGGAGAGAAUAAGAACAUACAUGAACAAGGUCAAAGAAAUAGCAGACAAGAAAAAGGCAUCCAAACUCGAUAAAGGAGCUGCUUCUAGAUUUGUAAGAAACGCACUCUGGGAACCAAAUGCUGAAAAUGAACAUACUUCCAAAACUCCAGCUAAAGGAAAAAAGAGAAAGAUGGACUAAAUGUUUGUUUCCCAUUAUAUAAAUUAGAGAUAUCUAGAACUUAUUUUGAAAUGUGUUUUGCAUACUGCGUGCAUCUUGCAGAGGUGCUGUAUAGCAACAUCUUGAUUAAGUUAUACUUAGGAAUUUUACAGGAUUGUAUUUUGUCCAGAACACUUGUCACUGAGGUGAUCGCAUUGUAUGUGUAUCUGAAAGUGCCAUUUGAUGUGAGAGAAGUAACGUUUCAUUAUUCAAAUGAUAAUGACCUGACCUACACUUGCUGGUAAUAGAUACUAGUGAUGUUUUGCUCAUGAUGCCUAAGUUUCAUUUUUUUUACUGCUGAAUGAUUGACACUUUUUUAUAUGUCCUUAAUCUCCUGAAUAUUAAAAAGUCUCAAAUAAUGCUA